AUGAGCAGACAAGCACCCCAGAAUGCCCAUGCGAAAGGCAACAGCAAGCCAGAGGCGAAGGAGCGUCUUAAGAAGAGAACUAGCAAGGAACUGAAGAAGUCUAGUGCUGAAGCACAGAUGCUGGCAGGGGAAAACAGGAUAGCCAGAUUUAAGCAAAUCUUCUUAAGACAGAGUAGCCCUAGCAACUCAAGAUCACCCAUCAGACUUCCAACUGUGAGCAAUGACUUAAGACACUCGGCUGCAAUGAUCAGUCUGUCCAGCUCUAAGCCGGAGAAGAGUGUAUCAAAGGUUAAGAAAAGCAAAUGUGGGCAGAAAAGGGUCCAAAGAGCACACUCUGCAAAGAGACCAGAAUAUAUUAACAAGGAUAAUGACAGCAACAGUAGUAAGGAAGACACCUAUACGUAUAUCCCACAGGUGGCGAAUAGUGUCACGUUGUCUACAAUUUCUCAGUCAUCACACAGAGACAUUCCUAAGAUUGGCGAUGAAGAAAGGUUCAACCUAAUGUCUCUCCAUAGGGUAUACAUCAACUGUAUGGAAUAUCCAGAUGGGAGAGCUGGCAGGAGCGGAGAGUACAAUUGUUCUAAGCUAAAGUACUUAAUUCCUCACCUUCCUUCUUACCUGGUUAGCCCAUUCCCAAAAUAA